GAAGAGGAAGAAGAGGAGGCAGAGAGAAAGAAGAGGAAGAUGAGGAGAGGAAGAAAAAGUAUAGGAGGAAAAGAAGAGGAAGAAGAGGAAGAAAAGGAGAUGAAGAUAAGGGAAAGAGUGGAACAAGGGUAUAAGGAGGAGAGGAUGAAAAAGAAAGGGAGGAGAAAAAGAGGAAGAGAGGAAGAAGAAAAAGAUGAGGAGGACGAGAGGAGAAGAAGUGGAAAAAGAGGAUGAGGAGGGGAGGAAGGAAAAGAAGAGGAGAACGAGAAGAGGAAAAAGAAGAGGAAGAGAGAAAGAGUGGAAGAGGAGGAAGAGAGGAAGAAGAGUAAGAAAAAGAAUAGGAAGAACAGAAGAAGAAGAGUGGAAGAGGAAGAGAGGAGAGGAAGAAAAAGAGGAGGAGGAAGAGAGAAAGAGUGGAAGAAGAGUAUAAGAAGGAGAGGAUGAAAAAGAAGAGUAGGAGAAAAAGAGGAAGAGAGGAAGAAGAAAAAGAUGAGGAGGACGAGAGGAGGAGAAGUGGAAAAAGAGGAUGAGGACGGGAGGGAGGAAAAGAACGAGAAGAGGAGGAAGAGAGAAGAAGAAGAAAAAGAGGAGGAGGAGGGGAGAAAGAGUGGAAGAAAGAGAAGAGGAGGAGAGGAUGAAAAGGAGGAGAGGGAGAGAAAGAAGAGAAGGGAGAGAGGAGGAGGAGGAGAGAAAGUAGAGGAGGAGGCGGAAGAAAAAGAAGAGGGGAAGGAGGGGAGAAGAGGAGGUGGUGGGUGGUGGUGGAGGAGGAGGCAGCUCCUUGCCAGACAUUCAGGUGUCAACUUGCGGGAAGCCUCCUUCUCUUCUGAGGAAAGGCCCCGGGGCGCCCGCGAAGGAAGAAAAACAACCCCAGCCCAGGACCGGGAGCAAAGGGACUCCGUCGGGGGCGUUUCCCAGGCCGAGAGGUGUGGAUUUUCCCUGCACGAAGUUUGCCGGCCAAGCUGCGCCUGGGCUCACGUGACGGGUGACGGGAAGCCCGAAACCAGACCGGGCGCUCGGGCGAGUUGGGCUUCUCCUCCGGGAACCCACGCGCGCUCUUUGGCCUCUUCCGAUCCUCGCUCGGACACUCUGCAGGGCGAGCCGGACACCAUUGCCUCUCCUUCCUCGCCGGCGCCACUGCCCACCUUCCGAGUCUGAUGCCCUUCUCUGCUGAGGCUGGGCAUGGACAAGAUCAACAAAAUCACGGUGCCGGCAGGGCAGAAGCUCAGGCAACUUCAAAAGAUAGUACACGAUAUCAAGAAAAAUGACAGUGGAAUAAUGAGCAAGUUCAAAAAGUUCCAAAAUGAACACGUGGCCUUAAUAUGCAAAACUGGAAAAAAUACAUGGGACCGGCUGACAAGCAAAGCUCCUCCCAGUGUACCACCAGUAGACUAUGAAGAUGAGGAACAGUGGUCAGAUGAUUUUGAUAGUGACUAUGAGAAUCCUGAUAACCCCUCUGAUUCUGAGACGUACGUGGUUCCCUCUGAAGAGAACUGCGAUGACAGCUAUGAGCCACCUCCAAGCGAGCAAGAAAAGAAACAACUUCCAGCAGCCUUCUCCUGUUCUGGAGGAGAGUACGCAGACAAUAAACGACCAAGCCAGCAGAAGUCUUGGCCCAUCGCUAAACCACUCCCUACACUGCCAAGCCAAUCUUCAUCAACAGUGAAGAAAGCGGCUUCUUUGCCGCCACCAUCUGCUGCUCUGAAGCCAAAACUUCCACCCAAGCUAAAUGAUGAUGAGGCAGAUUACGUUAUACCUGUUGAUGAUGAGGAAGAUAAUUAUAUUGAACCCACAGAAGAAAGCCCACCACAGCCUGUAAAACCCCCAGUGGUGAACAGAUCUAUCAAGCCCACAUCAAAGCCUGAUCCUCCCAGUUCAUCCAUAUUACCUCCCAAGCCCUUGUCUCCUUCUGCAUUAGAUGUCUAUGAAGUUCCCGAAGAAGAGGAAACGUCAUCACCUCCAUUAACCAGAAUUUCAAAGCCACUUCCUCCAAAGCCUGUCCAGAGACAAACUGAAGAACACAAUGGAGCUAGGGAAUCCAUUAAACCAGACAGAAAUGUUUUGCCGAUUCCAAGACAGCGUCCCCCAUCAAAAGAACCAGAUGGCCUGAGAAUACAGAAUGAUGAAAAUCACAACAACAAAAGUGCUGCAGAAUUCAAGUUUCCAUCUGUUACAAUCCCAUCUCCAUUGCCGAGGAUUACAAAAAAACUCCCAAACCCAGCAAUACUACCAAAACCGACACUCCCUGAGAGAGACCAUCUCAGUAUUAUUGAAGAUAAACCUAUUCCAGCUGAACGUCGAAGGGGUUCCAACCAUGAGCUUCCUCUCCCACCCAUCCCACCUGGCAUCCAAAAGCCGCUGCCCCAGAAGCCACCAACAUUGCUAAGAUCCGAACCACCAAGUCUCACCUUUGAUGCAUCACGCAAGGGUAGUCAAAGUGGUUUUACAACAGCAGAACAGGAUGGUAGCGUUUAUGGAAAAGCUUGGUAUAUGGCUUCCAGCGAUCGAAAAACUGCUGAAGAUGCAUUAUACAAAUCAAACAAGGAUGGAUCUUUCCUGGUAAGGAAGAGUUCUGGACAAGAUUCAAAGCAACCAUAUACGCUAGUUGUGUUCUACAAUAAGAGAGUAUAUAACAUCCCAAUCCGAUUUAUUGAAUCAACAAGACAAUAUGCUCUGGGCAGAGAAAAAACCGGCGAGGAGCGCUUCGACAGUGUGGCAGAAAUCAUAGAGAAUCAUCAACGGUUUUCUCUUGUUCUCAUUGACAGUCAAAAUAACACAAAGGACUCUACCAAACUCAAACAUAUAACCAGAGUUUCAUAACUACACACUGAAGAUCCAUCAUCUUCCAAGAAUUUGAGAAGUAUUUCAUGAUGAGCGACUGAAUAUUUAAGUGGAAGAGGUUCUUCCAAAUGCUUUUACAAGAAAAAUACACGAUCAGAUAUAUCGGAUUUUAUAAAGGACUAAAGAGAUAUUUGAUACUUAAACUAUCUUACAGCAAAAUAUUGGAGCAUUGAGUUAAAAAACACCCAAUUCCUGCUACGUUGCUGUAUACUUGAAGUAUACAUCUUAAGAAAGGCAUUCCAGAAUCAGGAAAGAAGUCAAAGGAACCAAUAUUUAAUGUAUUCAUAAGGCUAUACUUGCAAUGGCUUAUGGUUCUUGCCAAAGGAAUUUAGUGAAAUUUCGUGGCCAGACUUAGGGCAUGUUUGCCAUUAUUUACCAAGCUAAGUUAUUUUCUGGAAGAUUAAUUUUCCAAAGUCAGGAUUUUCAUGUAACAUGUGCCUAUUGACUUCAGCUGCCUUUGUUGAAACCAUUGUAACAUUUAAAAUACAAAUAUAUUGGUAAUGUAAAAGGUACUCAAGUGUGUGCAUGAUUGCGCAGUUAUGAUGCACAAUGCCAGGACAUAACUCUUUCAUGUGUCCACUAUUUUGCCUACCUCUCAAAUUCUGUCAAGAACAGAAUUUUUAUCACAUGCCUGUGCUUUUUAAAUAUAGGUAACAUUAAAUUUGGAAGUUUUAAUGACCAAAACACAAUGUGUUUGGCCUUGGAUUUUUUAAAUUUCAGGUGGUAUUGUAACUGUAUAUUGAAAGUACUGUUUUCAUCAGAUAAAAUAGAUGUAUCAAAUAUUGAGACACAUUCAAAAGUGAAGCACUAUGAUCUAGGUCCAUCCAGUAAGUUGAUCAUGUUUUUGUGGAGCUUUUGCUUUAACUGGCAGUGGGAGCUCCAUGUAUUCCUUGGCUUCUAUUUUAAGCCGCAGAGUUGAGGUUCAAAGCAGAAAUAUCAGUUAUCUGUUUUUGACCUUCCAAAAGAAAACUGCCUUAUUUUUAAUUCAUUAUCCCAGUACUCCUCAUAUGGUUGUUCCCCACUUCCCCUUCUUCCAGGCAUUCUCCGAUUAUUUGUAUUUUAUCAGUCCUUUCCUUUUCUUCAAAUAAAGUUUUUCAUUCAA